UUACAACUUGGUUUUGGGUUGUAGCCGCUUAGAGUGUAACACCAGUUUAUAGCUUAGAUAAAACUUGAUAAUAAUCUGCCGGAAAAAUGUCCGACGACGAUGUAAUUGUCCUAGAUGAUUCACCGCAACGGAAAUCAAUCAGUUGCGAACAAAUCCCGGAACUGUUUCUGGACAAGCUUAUCGCCAAGCAGCAUUUCAGUCAGUUCGGACGCAUCAAUCGGUUCAUUCUGCGGCCGAAGCGAUUUUCGUGCACCGUCGAGUACGAGAGCCAACAGGCGGCGGAAGCAGCCCUCGCCAGGGGGAAUGUGUUCCGGGACGUGCGGUUCAACAUCUAUUGGACCGAUGAUGUGCCUGGUGGUGGCGGUAAUGGUAACGGCAACGAUGGCAAUGGAUUAGGAGCGAUCGAUCCGGAAGUCCAACAGGAGUUGAGCAUUAUGAGUGGCGGUCCAAGCAGUUUGCCGCAACGGCAGACGACAAAAGCCCCGAUGACCAAUAAGCAAGCAAUUGAAUCAUUUCUGAAGAAAACAGAGCGGUUCCCAAAUUUUCCGGUGGUUGCGCCACCCAAACCGUCGGCUCUUCGGAUGGUCCCUGCAAAGCUGUCAGAACCGUUAGCUCCGAUAAGUAUCGCCGUUGGUUCUUCUUCGUCUAGCGACCCUAAGAUAAACCAAACGCGGAGCGAAUUCGAGGUCCUAGCUCGUAAACCGGCUUUCACGGCCGAGGAGCGGUAUCGAGUUUUGGAUGCGCGCGAUAAAUACGUGCGCUCGAUUACGGAUCGAACGACCGAUAUUCGUAAGGUGCGCAGUACCCAAGGAACCUGUGAGGACAUGUGUCCGGAGAAGGAGCGAUACAUGCGGGAAUGCAAAUUCCAGGUGGCUUCCUAUGAGAGCGGCGAGGAAGGUGGCCAACAGAUGGACCAUGCUAAAGCUAUCAAACAGUAUUCGAGAAGUUCGGCUGAUCAGGAAGCUCCGUUGGCGCUGGAAUUGCGCUCGGAACGAGGUUUGGAGCUGUCGAUGGGCUACCUGCUACACAAGAUAGCUGAUAAAUGUGAAGAUGAAGAUGUGGGUCUCGGCGAUUGGUUCCAUUAUGUUUGGGAUCGUACCAGAAGUAUUCGGAAGGACAUCACCCAGCAGGAACUGUGCUCGGUGCGUGCCGUUCGAUUAGUAGAGCAGUGUGCCCGAUUUCACAUUCACUGUGCUGCCAGGUUGAUUGCCGAGGAACCGUCGGUGUUCGACCAGAAGAUCAAUACGGAGAAUAUGACCAAAUGUUUGCAAUCCUUGAAAUACAUGUACCACGAUUUGGGACUGAAAGGUGUACGCUGUCCGAACGAGGCCGAAUUCAGGGGCUACGUGAUUCUGUUGAACUUGAACGACGGCAACUUUUUGUGGGAGAUCAAACAACUGCCAAAAGAUAUCCUCAAAUCACGAGAAGUCCGAUUUGCCUUGGAAGUUUACUUCGCUGUCGAAAAUAAUAACUAUGUGCGAUUCUUCCGGUUGGUUGAGAAAACAACCUAUAUGAAUGCUUGCAUUUUGCUAAGAUAUUUCAACCAAGUAAGAUCCCGAGCUCUACAAACAAUGCUUCGUGCUUACACUUAUCGAAAUCCUGCCACUUUCUCGUUAGAGCAUUUUUGCGAUAUAUUGGCAUUCGAAGAUACAGAAGCGGCAGCAUCUUUCCUGGAGGCCUACGGACUUCCUGUCAAUGCAGACUUAGGUACAGUCCUAAUGGAUCCAAAACUAUUCGAAAGACCGGAAGUGCCCUUCCAACUAGAACGAGCUUAUCAACUGGUAGAAAGCAAACGAACAACAACAGUUGGCGAGGUCAUUUCCGGAGAACCUUUGAUAGAUAUCAGUCUGAUUCACGACCACCAGCUUGAAAAUAGCUUCAACGCAAACGGUUACUUCCGGGAAGAUUUCUUGCGAGAUUUGAUGAAACAAAGCAAACAGUUGGAGCCCCCAAUUUCACCAGUCCCACUGUCCCCGGCAACGGACGACGACAAACUGUUCAAAGUCCCUUCACCGACUUCAAUUUCGCCAAAACCUCUCUUCCCAAAACCAGCCAUUUCCAGCAACCAAGGACUGUUUCAACCAUCUCGUUUCGGAGCCACCACAUCUAAAAUUGAAAUCGGUGCUCCCGCUCCGGUCGCGCCAUCAAUCUUCUCCAAAUCCAGCCCCUCACCAACACUCUCCGGAAUCACCCCCUUAUCCGAAGAAAGAACACCAACACCAGCAGCAGCAAUGGCAGCAACCGGACACGGUUCCAAUAUGUUCGGUUACGUUCCGUUCCCGGGUGUGGGGGGAGCUGCUAGCGGCAACUCAAUUUUCGGAUCCUUCCAAACACCAAAAACGGAAGGAAGUUCCGCCGCUCUGGCGGGAUCCAUUUUUGGCAUCUCCAAACUGCAGCAGCACGGAGAUGAACAACUUAAGCUGAAUAAACAGAAACAAGAGGAAGAGCAAAGGCGCCAGAAACAGCUGGAAGAGGAGCAGCGGGAGUUGAAGCGGAAACUGGUGGAGAAACAAGAGCAAGAGCUACGACAGCAGCGGGAAGCCGAGGAGGAGCGCAUCCGGCGGGAGCUGAUUGCCCGGAAGCAGGCCGAAAUCCGUCGCCUUAAGGAGUUGGAGGAGGAAGGCAAACGACAGCUGGAAGCCACGGUCCUGAAGAUAGCGGAACGUAUUUGGACCGAACUAUCCGAUGAUUUGAUCGGCCAGGAUGUGGAACAGAUUGCCGAGGAGUGCUACUACAAGCAUCAGGUGUGUGAGGUGCUGCCUCAGAAGAAUUCGGACGCUAUACAGGAAGAAGUGCUCGGAGAACUGGUUUCGGAGCUGGUCCGAGAGGAGAUGCUUGUUCGACAAAGUUUGGAGAAUAGACAGCUCAAUAUAAUGCGGAAGUUUUUCAAGAUUUGGCGGAAGAAUGCGCAUCAGGUGGUUGAAAAUCGGGCGCAGAUCGAAAAUAGCCCGGCUUGGUUGCCGGAAAGGGGAUUGACGGAGUUAGCUCGAGGGUGUUUCGAGAAGCACCAGACCAUUAGCAUGGCCGAUAUGAAACGAUACCUUGGAGGUGUGUCGCAGAUUUUGAAGAUUCCGGAACGCAAGGAGGAGAAAAUCGAUUUGUUCGAUCUGAUGAGAAGUCACAUGAGUGGCGGUCGAAAAAAGCGCUCCGAAUCGUUAAUCAAGAACCAUGUUUAUUGGAAACUGACCAUUUCAAUUCCGUUUAAACAAGAGGAAGACUCGUCUGGAUUUUAUUAUUUUAUCAAUAAGUGGUUGAAAGAUGCUGUGAAUAGAUACAUUGAAGCAGACGGUAAAUGCUUGUUUUUGGAAGCGCAGGAAUCUGCAGCUGCACGAGAACGACUUGUCGUAUGCCUGAGACUUUUGAAAGGCGUUUUAUUGUUGGAUGAAUUGAACUCCACGGAUCCGAAUGCUGUUGAAAAUUCAGAUGGUUUGCUGUUUUUCCUCACACCCAAUAAUGUAGAUCGAUCACGAGAAAGGUUGCAAAAGAUACUGGAGAAAGCAGAUCAUUGGGGUCCGAUCCCGUUAACAGUUAUCGCUUACAAUUUCUCCUCUGCCACGGACGAAUCUGUGGAAGAGUUGUUAGAUAUUGAUUCGCUUCUAGAGGAAGGAAAGAUUCAUGAUUUUGAAAUCAUACACCACCGGGAAACGGAAAAAUGUCCACUGAGGACAACGUUCGCGAAAGCUCUUGCAUAUUUGGCUUCCUCUUAUAAUUUCGAAUCUACUCUAGAGAUGCAAUCUCAAACGGCAUUUAUCGGAACUUGCCUGGGGGAAGAACUGUGGCAUCGCUUGCAAAUUUCUGCCAAUCAGAAUAGCAAGCUAUUGGAAGCCUGUCAAGAUCCCAAUUUCGUCAUACAGCUCUACAAUCAAGCUGUUGAUCGAGUCAACAAUCUGGUUCAACACAACUUUUCCGUAUAUCCAGAUUUUCCCGCAGAAUUUAAACCAUUCGUUUCGAAGCGACGUUUUGAUAUACCGCUAGAUCUUGAAUAUUUCCCCAAGGAUUGGCGAAACCCAGAGCGCCAAAAGAAACUUGUCAAGUUUUUCAACGACCUUAAACUAAACCCAAUGACAUCUCUACCUCAAUCAGUACGAUCGAUCCAGGAUUUAAAAGUACCAUUGCUCGAAUACAUAAAAAAAUGUCUCCCUAAAGUUAGCGAGAAAAAUCUCCGUAGGCUGCAGGCCCUAGUAAUCCAAGAAAUCCUCAAAUCGCUUCCCCCAAUUGUCCCUCCAAUGGAAACCAAUCUCAUCAUAAAUUGGCUACCUCCACUAACAAUACUCUCGAACGAGAUUCUUCGCAACCGUUGGGGUGAAGCCCUGCCCCAUUUACCGUGCGAAAUAAUCUACCACAAGCGGGAAUUCCUAAGCUACACGCGUUCCCUCUGGUGGCUACCGGAGUUGAAAAAGAUCAAACGAAACCCCGAACCGGCUAGCCGCGAUCUGACAGUCAACGGCAGUUUCAUUAAUGACCACACCCAUCAGGACGAUCUUGACGGAUCGACAUCUUUCAUGGAAGACUCCGCCAGCAACAGCACUGCGACCACUUUCAGUCCAAAGCGAAUGAAGUUGAACAUAAGUCUCGGCAAGGACGAUUUGGAAGAGGUGCUGCUCCGUAGCCGACGCUGUCUGGAACGGGCCGAGGAAAAGAUCAACCGUUGCCGGGAGUUUACCCAGCAAUCGCGGGACCUGACCGGCCGCCUCGAUGGGCAGCUGUACGACCAGGAGCGAACCUUCCGCCUGAACCGGUGGCAGUGGGAUGCCAACUUUAGGUAGGUGUAUUUUCGCUCGUUUUUUCGUUUUUUAUGCUUCGAGAAUAGUUGUCCCCCAUAUUGUUCAGUCGUAAUAAAUUGACCUGUAAUGUAAAAUUA